AUGCCGCACUCUUUUGGUUACCGUGCUCGCACGCGCGACAUGUUCGCCCGUCCAUUCCGUCAGAGUGGUAUGAUCAAGAUGUCAACAUACCUGCGCACGUUCAAGGUUGGCGAUUACGUGGACAUUAAAGCCAAUGGUGCCGUGCAGAAGGGUAUGCCUCACAAGUUCUAUCACGGCCGCACUGGUCGUGUAUACAACGUGACCAAGCGUGCUGUCGGUGUGCGUGUGAAUAAGGUGGUGGGCAAUCGCAUCAUCCACAAGCAUAUUAACGUACGCGUUGAGCAUGUGCACCCGUCCAAGUGCCGUUUGGGUUUUCUCACACGUGUCAAGGAGAAUGAGUUGAAGAAGAAAGAGGCUCGUGCUACUAACGUUCGUGCUCAGAUCAAGCGUGUUCCUGCGCAGCCUAAGACUGCGUAUAUUUUGAAGACCAAAGGCAGUAAGCCCAUUACCAUGGCAGCGCAGCCAUUUGUUGACCUCAUGUAA